UCUUCACUGACAUCAUGCUCCAGUUUCUGGUUGGAUUUACUUUUGGCAGCCUGGUUGGAAUGUAUCUGGCUCAAAAUUAUGACAUGCCAAACCUGGCUAAACAACUUGAAGAAAUUCAAAAGGACAUGGAUGCCAAGAAGAAACCCCCUAGUUCACGAGGCCAACUCCAGCACUGGCUCCAGGAAAUCCUGACUCUACUCUUCUCUAGGGCCUCCUUUACAUCUGAACCAAAGCGUCUGUCUUCUGUCCAGUCUCAGCCUUUGCUUUGAGCACAAAUGCGGCCACAAGUUAAGAACUGUGCUUACUUUCCCAAUAUCCUCACCUCUUCCCUU